AUGCUUCCAACGGUGACUGUGGGAUUGCCUUCCCGACUGCUUCCUCCACCACUUUCUAUGCGACCGUUCUUUUCGAGCUACUCGCCAAACAGUGUAAUGCCGAGCUUGGUCCUGCCUAAAUCGAAGAGGAAUCGUACCGUCUUCACUGCAAUUCAACUGGAGCGUCUUGAGCGUUGCUUCGAAAAAUGCAAUUACUUGGUCGGCACUGAGCGUUCCAAGCUUGCCAACGAACUAAGACUUAAUGAAACGCAAGUCAAGGUCUGGUUCCAGAAUCGACGAAUCAAGCACCGAAAGCAGAAUAAAAACGCUUCUCCAAGUGUGAGCCCCGAAGACAGCGGCGAGAGUGAUACCGACGGAAAGACGAGAUCUGAAUCUUGA